UGCUGCUGUUCCCCAGAAAACAUUCACAUGUCAGCCACUGCCCGCGUGCCUCUCUCUCUCUUCCUCUCCCUUCCACUUCAUCAUCACCCAUCUCAUUCUUCCCAUCCCUCUCGGAAAUCAUCAUCAUCACGGCCAUGUUCGCAUUCGUCGACUCUGGCUAGGACCUAUUUCAUCCUCUCUGUAGUAGGCUCAGGCAGCCCCUUCUCGCCGCCAUCAUGGCUGCUAUGUCCAAACUGCUCCCCCCCGAGCGCUCGUUCCGGCAGAUCCUCUCCAGCUUAACGUCCCUCUAUCUCCGCCAUCGCACACGCAUCUCUCGCACGGUCUACCUGGCUCUCUUUGCCGCUCUAGCAAAACGUGUCCAUAAUGCCAUCUCCGAGCAAAAGGCCGCUUCCCAGCGACAGGUUGACCUGCGCAGGCGGCCCGGAACCAGCAGCCUCGGCGAAGAAGGCGACCGACCGCGCAAGAAGGUCGAAGUCAACCGUGAAUUCUUCAGGAAUCUGCUUCGGUUGCUGAAGAUUGUGGUGCCGGGCUGGCGAAGUAAGGAACUUCGUUUGCUUAUGAGCCACAGUGUGUUUCUGGUACUGCGGACUAUGCUUAGUCUGUAUGUGGCCGAGUUGGAUGGCCGGUUGGUCAGCAAUCUGGUGCGGGGGAAGGGGAAGGAGUUCUUGCUGGGACUUGUAUGGUGGAUGAUUGUUGCAGUGCCUGCAACUUUUACAAAUUCUAUGCUAUCCUAUCACCAAUGUAAACUUGCUCUUAGCUACCGGAAGCGCCUUACGGACCAUAUCCAUGAAAAGUAUCUGUCCAACAUGACAUUCUACGCCAUUUCUGCUCUGGACGAUCGAAUAAAGAACCCCGACCAGCUGAUUACUGUGGACGUCUCGCGAUUCUCAGACAGUCUGGCAGAGCUGUAUUCAAACCUGGCCAAACCAGUUCUUGACAUGGCCAUUUACAACUACUCGCUUUCCAAGAGCGUUGGAGGAGAGGGUCUCUUUAUCAUGAGUCUUUUGGUGCAGCUUUCGGCCAACGUGAUGCGUGCACUGACGCCGCCCUUUGGCAAAUAUGUCGCCGAUGAGGCCGUUUUGGAGGGUGAAUUUCGCUUUCUGCACUCGAGACUGAUUGACUACAGCGAGGAAGUGGCACUCUACCACGGCCAUGAGGCGGAGAAGGACACCUUGGAUAAGGGCUAUUUCACCCUGAUAAAACAUGUGAAUCGCAUCUUGCGACGGCGGUUAUACCACGGAUUCAUGGAGGAUUUUGUCAUCAAGUACUUCUGGGGUGCCUUGGGGUUGAUCCUCUGUAGUAUUCCGGUCUUCUUCAAGAUCCCCGGUCAAGUCGCUCAGACUAUGGGGGAUCGAACUGAGAGUUUCGUCACAAAUCGUCGGAUGUUGCUUUCCUCAUCCGAUGCCUUUGGUCGCUUGAUGUUCUCAUACAAGGAAAUUUCAGAGCUCGCUGGUCACACAGCGCGCGUUUCAUCUCUAAUGGAAGUUAUGGAUGACCUCUUGGCCGGGCAUUUUGAGAAGAAGUUAGUAUCCUCAGCUUCAACAGAGGAAAAUGCGGCCGUUCUUUCUGGUCGUGGUGAGGUUGAAGAAAGCGAAUCUAUCGAGUUCACCGACGUCCCUAUCGUAUCGCCCAACGGAGACGUUCUCAUACGGGAACUGUCCUUUACCGUCCACCCCGGCGAUCAUCUACUCAUUGUCGGUCCUAACGGAUGCGGCAAAUCGUCCCUGUUUCGAAUCCUCGGAGGCCUCUGGCCUGUCUACGGAGGCAAGGUUAAGAAACCCCGCUUUGAUGGGAUCUUCUAUAUCCCCCAACGACCCUACCUAUCUCGCGGCACUCUGCGACAACAGGUCAUUUACCCCGACGGUGUUCGCGAAAUGCGAUCCAAAGGCAUCACCGAUGAAGACCUCUAUGAAGUCCUUUCCAUCGUAGAGAUUGCAUCGGUCGUCGACCGCCCCGGUGGCUGGGACGCGGAAGAAGAGUGGCGCGAUGUCCUAUCCGGUGGUCUACAACAACGUAUCGCCAUGGCAAGACUAUUCUACCAUCGACCAAAAUUUGCUAUCCUAGAUGAAUGUACAUCUUCUGUCACCCUCGAAAUCGAACGGGUCAUGUACGAAACUGCCAAGAAGCUCGGUAUCACCCUGAUGACCGUUUCCCACCGUCGAAGUCUCUGGAAGUAUCACAAGAAGAUCCUGCAGUUUGACGGCCAAGGCAGCUAUGUCUUUACCGGACUAGACUGGGAACGGAGAUUGAAGCUUGAGGAUGAGAAAGACGAUCUUGAUCUCCAGCUUCGAGCUGUACCAGAGCUGCAAAGACGAAUCACCGAACUGAGCGCUUCAUAA